AUGAGUGCAGGUAACAUAGAUGUUCAGUCUCGCUUCAUCAAUGCACUACGGACGCAAGCAAGUCACCACAAAGCUGAACCUCGUUCAACGAACGCCCUUUCAUGUCCGUACUUUAGCCACCACGGAAGAAUCUUCCAAAGUCCCGGGCAGCUUUUGGACCACGCGAGGACCGAACAUAGCACCGAGUUUAAAGGCCUAGCAUCACCGCAAGCACGUGCCAAAUUGGCCCAUGACUUGAAGAAGUUACCCCAACCUACAGAACCUACUACAGGGGAUGGUUCUACCCGUGUCUCAUCACCUGAUAUUGCCGCCUUGUCGCUGGACCCUGGGAAAGAACGGCAGACUUCACCGCCGUUGGGGAAGAAGCGGCGAGCAGACUUUGAAUUCCACGCUCGAAAAGAAAAAGUGCCCUCAAAUGUGGAGAUCGCCGAUCCAGACUAUGCGAGGGAUGUGACUUUUAAGACGAAGACAGAGAAAACUCGAACUAGACUACAUGAUACUCGUUUGUACAACCCUAGGCAUGGGACUAAGGGUGUCGCGUCACCCCAUCGAUCAGCAACGGAGCAGUCAAGCGAUGUCGAUCCCAAUCAGACGCAUACAGUGUCACCAAACAAGCAGCAUCGGAGCGGCAAAUUACAGCCAUCCCACACACAGUCGCGCCAGCCUGGGCUGAUCGAGCUGCAUAAUUACGACCCUCGGUUUCCAGGACUUCUACUGCAACCUGAUAGCCGCCCAAUAUCUCAAGAACAGCUGGCCUCAGAGGUGAAGUCUAUAUAUGCUGGCUUAACCAUGGUUGAGACAAAGUGCAUUCAUGUUGAUAGAGCUCAAGCAGCUGCUGCGACACAAGACGACCAACAGCUUGCUCCCGACCACUGGCAAGCGUUGAUCGCCCUGCAUCGUACCUUGCUACAUGAACACCACGAUUUCUUCUUGGCUUCCCAACACCCAUCAGCUUCUCUAGCGCUCCGUCGGCUUGCCGGCAAAUAUACCAUGCCAGCACGUAUGUGGAAGCACGGGAUCCACUCCUUCCUCGAACUACUCCGACAAAAUCUUCCUUAUAGUUUGGAUUACAUGCUCGCGUUUAUUUAUCUGGCUUACCAGAUGAUGGCACUUCUGUACGAGACUGUACCUGCCUUUGAAGACACAUGGAUUGAGUGCCUUGGCGAUUUGGGCCGGUAUCGCAUGGCCAUUGAAGACGAGGAUAUCAAAGAUCGCGAGACCUGGGCCAGCGUCGCUCGAUCUUGGUACUCCAAAGCCGCCGACAAGAAUCCUACCGUUGGUCGGCUGUAUCAUCAUUUGGCCAUUCUGGCACGACCCAAUGCUUUGCAACAAGUCUACUACUACACCACAUCUUUAAACUGUGUAGAGCCUUUCCCUAGCGCUCGCGAGUCUAUUAUGACUCUUUUCAGGCCUUUUGUUGGAGAUGAUCAGCCAACCUACACGGUGGGACAACCAAUCGAUACCAACUUCACGAAAUCGCAUGCGCUGCUUUUCACAAAGUUCGCUAAGCCGGGGUACGAUCAGGCUAGUCAAGAUUUCCUGAGCAACCUGGACGACCACAUUGGCCAUGUCACGGCCAAGUGGAAAGAGCAGGGCGUAUACAUUGCCGUGAGCAAUCUCACAGCCUGGUUUGAUUAUGGAGUCGACACUCAUAUUCUGCGCCAACUCUUCUUGCUUCGAGCAUCCCAGCGUACAGAUGCUGGUCCAGGGAACGAGCGACAAGUACACCAAGCCCCCGUUGACCAACCAAAGCCAUCGGCCCCGAAAAUCACCGAAGACCAAGUCCCAUUUCAAGUGACCAACCUCUCAAACGAUUCAGUGUUUGCUAAAGCCAUGCUACUGACCAACGAUACGUUCGCACUCGCUCUCCGCCGUAUAGGCGACAAAAACGUUCUUCCUCAUGUUCACGUUAUGCUUUCAUUUCUCACCACGCUCGCUUCCGUACCUUACAUUUCCCACCUGGUCGACUACACUCCUUGGACUGAACUCGUUACAUUCCUUAAUACGUUGAUAAAAUCCGAGACUCAAAAAACCACCAAUCUCGACAUCGACGCUUUAAUUUCUCAGUCCGUUUUCCCUAAAGACAAUUAUAGCAAGGAAAGAGACGACUUGCCUUUGCCCGAGGAUUAUCUUAUUCGUGGUCUUGUAUGGGCGCAAGAAUACCUUCCAGCAGGCUGGCUUGGAAGAGAGCAUGAUGAAGAAGAACGGUAUCUUGAGCUAGCAAGUACUGUGAAAAGUCGCACUGAGAGGGUGUUGAGAUUGGGAUAUCGUCUCUCGACUAUCGGUCGAUGGAUAUCUUACGAUCAAGAUACACAUACAUUUGCUACUAUGAAUGUAUGA